ACCCGAGUAAUCAUCAUCACAGAUACUUCUGAAACCCCCCCCUCCCCCUCUGCCCGUCCUGUUGAAUUCAGGAAACUGAGGUUGGAGCACGAGCAGAGCGAUGAAAGGGAGAUGGUCAGGUAUAGCCGAAUGAAGCCCGAGGGCAGUAAAGGCUAUUUGAGAGUUCAGGUGAACAUACUUGUCCCAGUGGGUUCCCCUUAACAGUUGCUUUUGAGAUCCCCAAUCAGUAUGAUCAGCUUUGGAGGAGCAGGAGGAAUGCGUCUCAAAAUAUGCCGGGUGGAGGACAUGAGAUGGUGUUAGCCACAGCAAUUGGCCAGUGGUUGACAGGAUGAGUCGUAACUGGGGUGUUGAGAGUCGUGCAAGGAGCAGAUGCCAUGUCAAAAGUUGGUACACACAAAUGGUUACAGCAGCAGAAGCGUCUAAGAUGCAAGAAUAUGCUUUGUAAAGGAAGCAGCAGUAACACUGGUAAUGACAGCGCUAGCAGUGACAUCCACAUCAGACGGGAGGACACAAUAAGAGGGCAGUGAAUUACACUGUGAAGCAGUAGAUGGAUAAAGGCAAUUCAUUGCUCAGAGCCAACACAGCACUUCAGGUGGUGUCCGGAAUGUUUGAGAAUGAUGCGGGCUCAGUUGUUGUGACAGCACGAUAUAUCGGCAUUGCGAGGAAGAAUGGUGGCUUUUGCAACAGGGGCAGGUCUUGGUUUGUGAAGAGAAACAAGCUUGUUCGGUAUGGCAUGGGGAUUUCACAUUGAGACAGCUGGAAUUUAAUAGAUGCUUCCUACAGGCGGAUUUCCUGGGGUUCCGAUCAGUCGCUGAACCGUUGGGUUUGAGAGGAAGGCAUUGGAUUGGAGAGAGAAAGCUCUCUUCGGAUUGGAGAGAGAAAGCUCUCUUCAGACAGGCUUCUGGGGGUCCCGUCUUGCGUCGGUUCUGGUUGAAGUUUGGCCUCUGAGGAUCGAUAGAGACGCUUCGUCUUCUCUGUUCACCCUUGGGACCACAAGGAACUCAUGCUGCUAGUGUUUAUUUGACCGGCUGCUGUGAUGCGUUGGGAGGUCGGAGAGUACUCUGCUGUCCCGGCUUCUGAGGUCUAUCCAUCGAGUUGAAAAUGGUGGUGCAGGAAGAAUUGGGAAUUUGGGAGAGGGCCCGAGUGAUGCUUUCCGAACGGACUCACUGAGAGUCGUAGUUUGCGAUAUCGGAGACUGCUGUGCCUUGCUGCUGUUCGUCUCAGGACUUCCCCCGGGUAUCUCGCACUUCCUGAACCUGCUGCUCUGAUUCACAGGUUUGAGUCCAGACUACUUUGCUGUCCUGUAACUGAGAUUGGGUUGUCACGUUACUUGCAAAGGUGCUCUGCUGUUGGUUGUUGUGAAGGAAGGGCGUCUCAUUCUGUUGCUUGUGUGUGUUAGCUUUCGUAGCUUUUGUCUUCUUCUUGGAAUCUGGGUAGGCUUGUCCCAUGAGCUGUCCGGUGAACUUUUGACCAAGAUCUUGAGGUGUGAAGGGACUUGCUGUGUGUGCCCAACUGCUCCAUUUGUGUUGAAUUGAAGUGAUCAGCUCGAUUGGAUUAUGAAUUGCAUUGAUACCCUGGCAGUAGUGGGUUGUAUAGUCGUCCGGUUGUUUCGAAUGCACGCUGUUGGCAUCAAAGGGAGUGUAGUAGGAAUGAAGGUGGAGAAGUUAUCAUCAUGGCUUUGGAGGAGAAGGCCCAAUCGCCUGUUUAAUGCUGUAGAGCUGGCGCUCCAUGAGAUAACGAACGGCUGGCGGCAGACUGGAUCGGCGCCGAAUUUUGUGCACCGGCCUGUACACAGCUCAGCUGGUUGCAAUUGCACCUAAAUUUCCCAUCGUGUAGCUUUUGGUGAGCACAUGUGCUCUAGCUGGUUGGGGGGAGUGUGGCCAGGUUCCGAACGUGAAUCGAUUGAUGCUCGUUUGGAUGGGUGCGGUUUCGUGUACGUGAUGGGUCGAUAGCCAUGGGUGGGAGUGCCUUAGCGGGGGUGGAACGUGGGGUCACUGGCUGGUCAGUGGUGCACCUGGUAGGCUGUCUUGUUCGUUAUGGAAAGCCUCCCGGUUGCUCUGAAGGGGGUCCUUCCUUCGGCCGUGGCUCUGAUAAUGUCUGUUUCGGCUGCUGCUUCUAAGCGCUUGCUGCUGUAAUGCGCCAGCGAAAAUCGCGGAGGGGGUAGAGACACAACCAGGUCAAGCAAGGUUGCAAUCUGGCAUAGUCUGGCUUACCUCUGGGGGGCUUUAUCUACAAGUCCAUGGAUGUGCUUAUCGAGUGAGUUGCUGCUACUGGUUGUGGCGAUGCACGUGGAUGCCUCCUGAUAGGUUGCCCAGGUGUUGGAGCUCGGGAACCCAUGCAUGAUUUGUAGAGAGCGUGUGUGUGUGUGUGUGUGUGUGUGUGUGUGUGUGAGCGAGCGAGAGAGAGAGUAGAGUCUGAACAGAUUGCCAUGCUGGCCCAAGGGUUUAGCAGAGGUAGAUCAGGGGAGGAUAGUGGUGGGGCCAAACAAGUGGGGGGUGCUUCAGGCGCUUCGGAGCUGAUGGUUCCGAGGUUACGGGUUUUGAUGUUUACCUCAGAAGAAUGCGACGGAGUGUUGGUAUGGUGGAGUGGCAGAGGCUUCCUGUGUGUGCUGGAUUAAGCUUUUCCGCCUGGGGUGCUUGUGCCAGGAAGGUGACGGAACGAUGUCCUUUCUGUUUCUCCACCACUGGAUGUGGCAUGCGGUGCUGUAUAAAGACUUGUAGAGGUACUAGAAAAAAGCAAUUUCUUGUGAUUACUCCUUACAAAAUUGAAAUGACAUCAUCAGCAAUUUGCAUCUCCAACCCAUUUGUGUCGAUACCCUUGAGUUCUGAGAAUCCAAGAGACGGGGUAAGGCAGGGCGAGGGGCGAGCAAGAGGUUCAUGUUCUGUGGCAUGGUGGUGCUCAAGCCCCAGUCUGGUGAGAGGUGUCCUCUGCUCAGGAACGCAGAGCGUAGGGGAAUGGGAAGGGCAGGACGAGGGUUUUCGACGGGAAGAAAGGACAUAUUUAGUUCUAUUGGUGCAUUGCCUAUGUGGAUAGAGAGGCAGUGCAGGGCUUUCGAAUGGCGGAAAGCGUGAUUGGGUGAGGUGGAGGUGCCAACGAUGUGAGAAAGAGAGAGGAGGUCUUAUUGGUUAUAAAAAUUUGACAUCGGUAUGCCUUGUGAAAGAACAUUUGGUAAUUUCGAUUCUCGAAAGGUUCCGAGGUGAGUGAGUGGGGUGAGAGGAGGCAGAUAUGAUGCUUCACGAACUCUGGAAUCACAAAUGUUUCAUGUUUGUAUUGAACAAUGUUUGUUUGCUGUUUGUCAUAUCGGGUCGAGCAAAGCAUGUUUUUGUCCAUUUAAGGAAAAGAGUCUUCAUUAAGACAAGAGUCUUAAUGCUCCUGAUUCCGCUCCUUUAAAAUCAGUGUAAGAUUACGUGCUCAGCAAGAGCAGC